AUGGGGUCCAGGGGGGCGGCAGCCUCCUGUGACGUAAUACUCUCAAGAUCAAGAGGCCAGUCCCAUACUCAAGACUGCGAUACCCCCCUAAGUUCUCAAGAAGCCGACUACCACGACCGAGAAGCCGACAAGUCUCAAGAGAUUACAAGUUCGAAUCAAGAUACUAACCCUCUAUAA